AUGGCUAAUCUCGAUUCGCUUGCCAAACGUUUGGAAGAUGUGACCACCAGGUUGGAAACCUUGGCCAACUUGAAGCCUGCGUUACCACCAAAGCCUGUGACUUCUUCUGGUUCUAACAGUGAGUGGUUUAUGUUUUGUGACGUUUUGAUUGUUUAGUUGUCGUCAGUUCUUCUGAUGUCCCCCAUACGAUAAAACAAUUCGAUGAUGAAGUUGGAGAUGCUUUGAAAGGAUUUUUGAGCGUCUCGAAAAACGUCGGUGGUGAUGUUGGGACUAUGGUGGGUUGUAGAAACAUUGCCUAUCGGGGUCUUAUUUCCCUAAUAAUGGUUUAAAAAAUAUAUUCUCUGUAUUUCAGAGCGACAAGGUGAAUGUUGUUUUUGAGCUCCUUAGAAAUUACAUUUGGUAUGCCGCUGGUCGAAAACAAGCGAGCCAAGAAGAAGUGGCCCAGAAAAUGAAGCCGAUUAUGAAGUUAUUGGAAGAAAUCGGAGAGCUGAAGGAGUCCAAGAGAAAUACACCCACCUACAACCACCUCUGUGCUGUCGCCGAUGGAAUCCCGGCAGUUGGGUGGGUUACUGUGGUAUGUUUUCCUGCCUUUUUAUCCCAUCGCUGUAUUUUUUACAAAUGUAUAAUUUAAGACACCAACUCCAGCACCGUACGUGAAGGAGAUGAUCGAUGUAUCCAUGUUUUACGUUAACCGAGUCAGAAGUGAGAAUAAGACCAAUCAAACUCACACGGAUUGGACCAAGGCGUGGUGUGACCUUCUGACAGCUCUCCAGAAAUACGUCAAGUCCAGUCACACUACUGGCCUCACUUGGAAUUCGUCACCCGUGAGUUGAAUUUCAUUCCUAUUUAUAACCAAAGCGAUGGAGGAUAUCGUUUUUUUAUAGGGCACAGGUCCUCCAGAAGUUCGUUUCUCAGCUGGGACAGUUCCAGCACCGCCUGCUGGGGGACCUCCACCACCCCCGCCUCCUCCACCAGCUGGUAAGUCUCGAAAUUUCGACGUUUUUCUUUCGAUCACGUAAUUUUGGUGUUUCUGAUGUGUAAAGUCUUAUUAGAAAAGGUGAUUCAUGCUAUGAUUUUAGGCUUUUUUGAUGAAAGCAAGCCUAAGGCCCCGUCCGGGGGCAACGACGCCCGGCAAGCUCUAUUUGCUGAGCUCAACAAGGGAGAGGCGAUUACUUCAGGUUUGAAGAAGGUCACUGAUGACAUGAAGACUCACAAAAACCCCAAUCUUAGAGGGAAUGUAGGUGUCUUCCUGAUUGCAGAGUGGAUUAGAGCCAUAAAAUAAUACGCUAUAAUUUUAGACAUCUAUCCCCUCAAAGGUUGGUGGCUCACUUUCCAAGGUACCUGCCGCGGCAAAGCCAGUGGUCGAGAAACCUCCCAGGACAGAACUUCGGGAUGGAAAAUUCUGGGAAGUUGUAAGUUUUGAACCUUGUAUAUCAUGUAAUUGAUCUUUUUACAGGAAUACCACAAGAACAAUAAGAAUAUUAUAAUCGAAGUGAAGGACAUGAAACAAGUCGUCUACAUCUUUAAAUGCGAGGGAUCUGUUGUACAGAUCAAAGGGAAGUGUAAUUCGGUGACAAUUGACAACUGCAAGAAGACCAGUGUCGUUUUCGAUAACCUGCUGGCUCAGGUGGAGAUCAUCAACAGUCAGAGUGUGGAAGUCCAAUCAAUGGGAACUCUUCCCACCAUCUCUAUUCAGAAGACGGAUGGAUGUCAAGUUUACUUGUCCAAGGAUUCGAUUAAUGCCGAGAUCGUUACUUCAAAGUCCUCGGAAAUGAAUGUCCUUGUACCUGUUGGAGAUGACUUUGUAGGUUUUCCAUAUUGAAUUGGGGUUACGUGUCAAAUAGAUAAAGGUUUCCACGCGGAAUGUUACAUGCCCUCCGAUCUGGUCUUUGUUACGCAGUUAUCACAUGACAGUUUUUACUGUUUCAUAGUUUUUGCGAGAAACCAUUGGGUUUAUUUAAUCUCGUACCUUCAAAAUGGGCGUAAAGAGAAGGGCAAUUAGUGAAACAAAUGGAGACUUUAUACUCCAUAUUGAAUGCAAUGACUUUAAUUAUGGAGACAAGGAAUGUCUAUUCAUACACAUAUUUUUUAGAUCGAAUUGCCAAUCCCGGAACAGUUCAAGACAACCUUCAACCCUACAACCAAGAAGCUGGUCACGGGCGUCUCCGAUAUCGUUUAA